GAGGGAGUAACGUGGCUGGCUGCCGUCAAAUUUGUGAAAGAUUAAAUAGAGGGUGAAAAAGGUAAAUGAAAAAUAGAUAAAAAGUGUUGCUUGUUGUGUGAUAGAACCAAGCGAGACCCUUCUCUCAUCCCUUCUGUGUCUUCUGUACACUUUGUUUUGCUUUUCCUUUAUUCCUUUUCUCUCUCACUGUCUUCUGUGAACAUGGGUGACCCAUAUGGGUUGCCGGAGGAUCUCCGGCGUUUUAUUCCACCCAGAACCCAUAUGAACCCUUCAAGCACGCACCUACUUGAGCCACUGUGUCUUCACCAUGGUCUCAGUCCGGUUGCUGCUGCCACUACAAUUCCACCCAACACCUAUGACCACAACAUGGUUGGGGACGUUUUCUUCCCUCGUGCCUUCACUCACUUUGCCCAUCAUCAUGACUAUUCCUCUUCUUCUGGUGUCAACCCUACCAAUGCUGCCACUGCUGCUGUCUCGGAUCAUGCAUUCUGCAGCAUGGAGAGUGCAGAGAAAGGGUGGUUCGGUUUUGAUUCCGGGAACAACAGGUGGCCAAGACAGGAGACCCUUUCGCUUCUAGAGAUCAGAUCUCGUCUUGAUUGCAAGUUCAGAGAGAAUAAUCAGAAAGCACCCUUGUGGAAUGAGAUUUCUAGGUAUAUGUAUAUACUAACUUCUGAAAAAAAGGAAGAAAACCACUGUUUUUGCUUUCUGGUUUGUUUUCAGACUCAGAACGAGUUGGGGAAAUGCAUAGUGUGAUUGAUGAGUGAGGAGUGAAGAAAUAUGGUUGUUCUUUCUGUCUUUUCCUUUUAUCUUGCUGGUUUACAAUUUUUGGGGGGGUGGGAGGCUAAUUUCCUCUUUGCAUUUGAAAAUGACAGGCCAUUACUUACAGAUAACUGAGAGAUCCAUGUGGCUUUGUUAUCUAUUUCUAGUUUUGUCCAAGAAAUCCACUGACUCAAUGUGUAUACUUGCACUGGUUUUUCUGUGAGUAAGUAAUUAUGGGUGCAAGGAUUUUCAGCACCCUGAAAGCCUGUCUUUGUUUUUAGUACUAUUAGACCUAGCUAGCUACUUUGCUCAGCUAGUUAACUUAGGGCUAUAUAUUGGAGUUUAUUUUCUUGAUUGAACUCGGAUAAUUGUAUUGAUGUUUCUGACAUCUUUAAUGAAGAGAGAAUGUUUCUAUUAUUUUAAUCCUUCAGCGGUUA